UACUGAAAUCUUUAUUUUAAUAUAGAUCAGUUUGGGAAGUGGUUUAAAAGUGUUAACAUGUACCCUAAUGCUGUGCAUAUUGUAACCUAAAUAAAAGUGAUUUUUUGUAACGAUUUUUUAUUUCUUUCGCUUGUCCAACAUAAUUGCAUAAUGGAUAAAUCACAGUUGGUAAAAUUAUUGUGUGAACUCAACGGAAUUUCCACAGACUCAGAUGAAGAGAACGAGGGUGACAUAUUUGAAACAAGAUACGUAAAAGCUUCAGAAACCAUUAUGUGUUCUUGUGAGGAAAUAUUGUCAAAAGUUCCAUCACUUGCAGUUUCGUUAGAAGGAACGGAGCCCAAUAAUAAAAUAAAAUACAUGUUGUUAAAUUUUUAUAUUUUGGAAUUAAUAAACGAACAGCUCGGAACAUCCGACAUGACUGUUUUGAGUGUCCAAGAAACAAAAAAUGUAAAGGCGUGCUUACAAAUCCUUAUGAAUAAUGGGAUUCUAAAAAACAUUCAACCGAAACUCCCUUAUUUUAUUCCAACGCACAGUAAAAGUGACAUUUUACUUGACUACACUUUAUUAAAAUGCACCGUACUUGGGUUUUACAAGGACAUGAAAUACCCGAAUUUAAGAAUGUUGAUUUUACCACAUUUGCUCCAAGGAAUGUUGGUUGCAAUUUACCAGCUCGCUUACUGUCCUCUGAAAAAACCAACUGGCGCUCAGGAUAAUAAGUUCGUAAUGACUCUCGAAACGUAUGAAAAACUGGUCCACGACCAAGAACAAUUUCGAAAAAUAUUAGACGAUUUGAGUCACAAUAUUCAUCCCACAAUCCUGAUCCGGGAAACAAUGGUCUUAUUCCAAGCCAAUGCUCCCGUGUGGUUCAAAACAGCGAUUGCAAACACUUUGACUAAGAUAAUUCGAUCGCCGAAAGGCGUCCGAAACAUCGCUUCUGCCAUGCUUUCCGGCAUCGAAGACGACACCACAAAAACAUGGCAAAUUCUGGACGUGCUAACGAAGCUUAUAACGAGCUGUCGUAAAUUCCCAGACUUUGAGACAAACAUUUGCAAUCAAGUGUUAAAUCUCCUGAUCGAGGCCCGUGAUUUGUUGGUUUUCGAACGGUUGGUUGUGUCUUGCACGAAAUGUCUCUAUUCCGAGGAUAAAGCACUUUGCGAUGCAGUUUUUGUCAAGAGGAUAACGACUCCGUUAUUAUAUUUCGCCAACAAAGAACACCAAUUUCGUGACGAGGAGGUAACGGAUGACAUUAAACAAACUGUGCGUCUGCUUUACGGAUGCUUCAUCGACGGCUUACCGACCAAUCUGUUGAGGCCUUACAUCAACGUCUUGUUCCAUUUGUAUCACUUAACUGUGAAAUCGGCGCUAGAAUCGACCAGAAAGGAGCUGAGAGAGAUUUUAAUUAAGUUUUUGCAAGCCUGCACCAGGCCAGAGAUGCACGAAUUAUUGGACAACUUUAUUUUCGGGUUUACGCUUAACGGGAUUUUACAGUUCCGGAAUGACGUCGUCAUUGAGAUUGAUCAAAAGAUUAUCGUAAAAAACAGUCCACAUGUCAUUAUUUACACGACUGCAGAUGUUAUGGAUACAGUUUUGAAUCUCCUCGAUCUCGAGCAAAAAAUCGUCUUGUUCGGAUUUUUGCUAAACUGUGUUACCGACAAAGGGAAAUAUUUCCCGACUCUUCGUAACAGUACAGAAUUAUUAGGUAAUGAAGACCAUGUAACGGGUACCGUUCUUGAACGCCUUUUAACAAUCCAUAGAAUCCUAUCCCAAUUAGCUGAAAACAAAGAACUGCAACAGUUUCUCAGGAACAAACCUGACGAUAUCAUCAAUUACAUUAACAACGUGCUGGCUCAAGAGAGUGACGAGCAGCUCAUUUUCCUGGUUCUGAUGAUUCUGGACAAUUUAAUCGCAAAUUCAUCAGCGGGUGCUUUCCCAAAAUACAAGAUUUUGGAACACUCCUUAUCAACACUAGCUGAGUCAAACAACCAGGAAUUGAAAACACUGUGUCACAAAAUCAAACGCGCAAUAAACAGCGAAACCCAUUCGGCUGAAGCCACGGACGAGAAAACCAAUUUUGAGAAAGCGCUAGAGGACGUUUGUGACCCUUUGCUCCCAGUUAGAGGGCACGGUCUAUUAACUCUAUCAAAGUUGAUUGAAAAGAAGGACAAACAAGCGGUUCAGAGAAAACAGUAUUUGCUUAAUUUAUUCCAGUUGCACUUAAAAGACGACGAUUCGUUCAUUUAUUUGAACGCCGUCCAGGGCCUUGCGGCCCUAGCUGACACUUUCACAGACACAGUUCUGGAGACUCUAUGCGAGGAGUACUCCGAUUUUACGAAGAAAGGGGAAAAGGCCCAAGAAAUUCGGAUGAAGCUGGGCGAAGUCUUGGUUCGCGUCACAAAAAUUUUGGGCGAAAUGGCCCCGAAAUACAAGGCCGUGCUCUUGAACACUUUCCUGUCGGGGACAAAGGACGACGACCACCUGAUCCGAGCGUCCAGCUUAUCGAAUUUAGGGGAAGUGUGUAGAGUGCUUAAUUACAAGCUGGGGACGAUAGUAACUGAGGUUUUGGUGUGUGUACACGCAAUUGUGGCGACAGAUAAGGCCGUAGAGGCACGACGUGCCGCCGUUACGGUCAUAAGACAGUUGUUUGUUGGACUUCAAAGCGAAAUGAUAUCGUUUCUCAAAGAAGAAAUUUUGCCGAUUUACAGGACUCUCAAAGAGAUCUAUUACCACGAUAAGGACGACGUUGUGCGGCUGCAAGCGCAGCUAGCGCUUGAGGAACUCAACGAAAAUAUGAAAAGUUUCGUGUUCCCCAACGCCCGGCUUAAUUCGGAGAAGAAGGUUAUUAUGUUGAACUAAAUGAAAACGCUUGUUUUUGUAAAAGUUUAUUCGUAGUAUAAGGAAUAGAAAAAUAAAUAGCCAAUUGCAUACUA